AUGACCGAAGCCGCCCCAGUACAGGAUUCGGCUCAGGAAGAGCGCAGUUCUGUGCAGCAGAUUCUGGAGGCCAAAGAAUAUGAAAAGAAUCCCGAGUUACUACCAUGGUACACCAAAGAGCUUGAGGAGCCAAGUCCUGCGACAAGAAACAUUUUUGAGAAGUAUAGCAAGAUACCACCGGGGGACGUAGUCACUCAUAUUAAACGUGUGAGAGAUGACGCAUUUACGGUUUUCCCGUAUCCUUGCCUGGGAAACUGGGGCUUCUUGAAUUUCUCCAUUGGGGUGAACCCCGCCUACCAGGAAGUUCUCAGUCGGAUCAAGAGCGGGGAGAAAUUCCUCGAUCUGGGGUGUUGUAUGGGCCAGGAUAUCCGCAAGUUGGUUCAUGAUGGCGCCCCCUCAGAGCAUAUGUAUGCAUCCGAUCUCAAGAAGAACUUCUGGGGAAUUGGUUAUGAUAUGUUCUUGGACAAGUCAACCCUGCAGACGCAAUUUGUGGAAGCUGACAUCUUCGACACCGACUCGGCGCUGAAGCAGAUGGAUGGGAAGAUGGACGUGAUCAAUGCCGCGUCCUUCUUUCACCUGUUCGACUGGGACCAACAGGUAAAGGCAGCCAAGCGUGCUGUUCAGUUGUUGAAGCCAGUAUCUGGAAGUCUUAUUGUUGGACGACAGGGCGGCAAGCCUGAAGCUGGCAGUUUUGCACAUGUCAUGAAGGAGAUGACUGCUUUUUGGCACAAUCCUGAGUCGUGGGCGAAGAUGUGGAAGCAGGUCGGAGAUGAGACUGGAACAGAUUGGGAGGUUCAAGCUGUACUUGGCGAGGAAGAUCUAUCAAAGAGGAUGAAGACUAGUCUGGUGCCUGCUGGUACGAGAUUCAUGACUUUUACUAUUCGUAGAGUGUAG